ACACACACAUACAUUUACACGCACAUCACACAUUCUGACCACGGGUAUUCAUCAACCACCGGUUAUUUGCCGACCACCAUAACCACCCCCACAUCCCAGCUCAUCGUCGUCCACCAAAAAUUACACACAGAAAUCCACACAUUCGGAACACACACACACGCACCACAACAAACCCCCAACCCAUACACCGACAGCUAUCCGGCCACCCACCCACCGCCGACACGAGCACUGCGGAUAAAGUCAUUUUCGACGCCAGCUCCGACGAAGCCCUGUCGUCUAUGGUGGUCGUCGUCGGGAUGGACACCGUCCGGGUUCGCGAAAUUCGGUUUCUACCCACCGGACACCGUCGAUAUGGACGUAGGAGUCUUGAGGCGUCCAAAGAUGAACCACCGUAGAGUAAGCUCUGCAGAGCCACUGUUUGCGAAGUCCGGCUUCGAUUCCGUCACAAAUCUCACCACAGCAGCCGACGGUGAAAGACUCCGUCAUAUCCCAGCGUGGCGGCAGCCGAGAACUCCGAUUAUUCAGACACCGCGAGUUUACGCGGAGAAGACAAGCGAUCUGGUGUGGUGGAGGUGCUAA